CCGCCGCGCACCAGUAGUAUUCGGCCGGUCAACGAUAUUCCGAUGAUCUGACGCAAACGAUAUCCCCCCGAACCGACGCGACACACGCGCGCGCACGCAUCCACGCAAACGCACACGCACGCACAUAUCGUUUCGUAUCGUAUCAUGCACACCGCCGCUCGGCCGUAUACAGUCUACACGUACGCCGCCGCGACGACCGCACUACGUCCGUCGUUGUAGGUAUAAUACGGUCACUAAUAUUAUAUUAUAUACCUACCCGUCCACGCACUAUAUAAUAUUAUACGCCUAGUUCGCCGUCGUGAUAUCGAUAAUUAUAUACUGUCGUUAUACAUUGGUGUCUCUCGUCAAAUCUCUGCGCACACGUUCCGAUCGUUCGUAAAACCGUGUAUACCCCCGCGAUUUAUAUCGGAAUAGUACAUCACAAUAAUAUAUUAAACUGUUAUCAUAGCAGUAUUACCCGUCGAUAUAUAUAUAUAUAUAUAUAUAUAGUGUGUACCUACGUUUUCGGCACUCGUUCUUGUCGCGGGACAUUGAAAAUUCUACUUUCGAUCGUCGUGCAAUAAUAUACUUUAUUUUACGUCUACGUUUUAUACACCCGGGCCGAUAGUUUACCGGCGCCGCGCACCGUCUGACUGCAACGGUUGCAACUGCACUGCGACAUCACCGUCGCGGCUCAUCCGCGUAGGGCCCAUAGAUUCCGUCGGUUCCGUGGCUGGCGCGUGGCAUGUAGAGCGAUGGCACUGGGCAUAUCUUCGACGCCCACCGACUCAUCGUCGGGCCGGGGAUCGCCGGUGAGCCCGAUCAGCAGCCCGGUGACGCCGCUGGCCACGCGGCUGGCGCCCAUGCCGCCCAUGGUUCCCAAUCCCAUGUUCGGGCUGCCCAUGCUCAACUUCAGCGUGUCGCAGGUGGCCAGCGUGUGCGAGACGCUCGAGGAGAGUGGCGACAUCGAGAGGCUGGCCCGGUUUCUGUGGUCGCUGCCCGUCGCCCACCCCAACAUUGUCGAGCUAAACAAGAGCGAGGCCGUGCUCCGAGCCCGGGCAAUCGUGUCGUUCCACAGCGGCAACUACCGCGACAUGUACACCAUACUCGAACACCACAAGUUUACCAAGGACUCUCACGGAAAGCUGCAGGCCAUGUGGCUGGAAGCCCACUACCAGGAGGCCGAGAAGCUCCGCGGCCGGCCGCUGGGCCCAGUCGACAAGUACCGCGUCCGCAAGAAGUUCCCGUUGCCCCGGACCAUAUGGGACGGCGAGCAGAAGACACACUGCUUCAAGGAGCGCACCCGGAGCCUGCUCCGCGAGUGGUACCUCCAGGACCCGUACCCCAAUCCCACCAAGAAGAAGGAACUGGCCCAGGCCACCGGACUGACACCCACGCAGGUGGGCAAUUGGUUCAAAAACCGCAGACAACGUGAUAGAGCUGCGGCAGCCAAAAACAGGAUGCAACAGCAGCAGUUCGCCGCCCAGUUGGCGCAUUCGGGCGGCCGGCACUUGAAUCUCCGGCGGUCCAUGUCACCGGGCGCGGUCAGCACCACCGGGUCCGAGUCGAGCAUCAGCCUGGGCGCCCCGUCGCCCGGCCCUCCGUCCAUGCCGCCGCUGCCGCUCCAGUCGCUGCCGCCCCCGCCGCUACAGUUGACCGGCGACCCGCCCCGCAUCGGCCUCACCAACCCGUCGCCGUGCACGUUACCGCAACCGCUGGCGCUGCACAGACCGUUCACGUGAUACAGCCCGCCUCACCCGCCGAUCACCGCCGGCUGGUGACGCGCCUUCCGCCGACGACGCGCACGGUUUGAUUUGUUCAUUUUUGGUCGUUUCGUUUUCUCUCUCAAUGUUCAUAACAACGACAACAACAACAACAACAACAACAAUUAUAAUAAUAAUAAUAAUAAUAUCACCAUCCGGCGGCGUCAAUUUUCACAAGUCAUAACAGUAUGACGAUUUCCUGUCGAAACCCGCGCAGAUUUAAUAACUAGACAGCCUGACGCGUGAGUGUGCCUACAUAACAAUGGGCGAUUCCGGUGGCUGGCGUCCAAAUUGUUGUCUCCGUGAUAUAUAUAUAGGCGUAUAAUCAACAGGCGUGGUGAACUCGACGAAAGUUUUCGAGAGAAUACUCAUAUUAUAUUCCACCCACUCUAAACCCGGCGAAGGCGCACACGAGCUUAUUGCAAAUAACGAUAAACUUCGUCGUGAAAACAAUAUUUAGCUAUAAUAAUUUACUGUCAGCCACCAGCGACCGCCCACCCACACCCCAAUCUGCUGAGAGGAGGCGAUGUCUCUCGAUCACCCCGUUUUCGCCACGCCACUGCAGCUGAUACAGAGAUCUUUGUAAUAAUAACAUAAGUCUGUUAUAGUUGUCACACUUGGGCAAUGUUGCGAAUCGUUAUAGGUACCUAUCUACUACUGAGCUCGACUUAUGUACUAGUUCGAAUGUCGGUAGGUACCUAUAUGCUAAAAAAAUAUUUCAUAUCCACUGUAUUAUUAUGUUUUAUGGUUA